UCCCGGCGUUAGAAAGUCCACACAUUGUGAAUUGCCCACGCGCCGCGACGCUACCGAUAAAGUCUAAAAUAAUCAUGGCGCAUCCGACAAUUAACGAUCUACCAAACGAGCUGUUGGAGUUGAUAUUCGACCAACUGGAUAUGGAUUAUCUGAAGGACGCGUCGCUGGUGUGCCGGCGAUGGUCAGAUUUGACCUUCUCGGGGCGACGAAUGGAUCGUGUGAAGCUAGUGGCGAAUUUUCCGUGGGACAAACAUUUGCUCCAAAGCAACCGACAAUAUAGCCACCUUGAACUCGGAGAAACUGAAAAGUGCUUUGCGCAUCUGAAGGAAUUAUUCAAUACGUUCAAUGUUUCCUCAUUGCGUAUAGAAGACAGAGAUUUAUCAUACUCUUCGUUACGGUUGAUUUUGCUAGAGGCACCUAAUCUUCAGCAUUUGUCGAUUGUUUGUGAACCCGAUCUAAUGAACGAAAUGAUUGAUCCGCUCCCGGUUAUGAGAAACUUGGAACGCUUAGAGAUCGACUGUAGCAUUCUGGGCAGGACAUUCCCCUUGCAUAUGAUCGCCCCUUCUUUGAAAGGUCUGAAAAUGUAUUGUAAUGAUGAGAACCAGUUGGAGCAGUGGAGACGUUUCAGCGGCCAGUUGAAGCAAGCUUGUGCUACUUGCGACGGACAAAAUUUAUUGCAUCGCUUUUGCGAAAUGACAUUCCCUCUUCUAGAGGAGUUGUCAAUAAUAGUGGAACAGCCUUUCAAUAUUAGUCCUGAUCAACAAUCCGAUUUUUGUCGAAGAAACAGCUCUUUGCGGCUUCUUCGCCUCGAUGGCUUUUACAUAUCUAAAACGUUAGUUGAGGAUAUUACGCACCACUGCAAAAAGUUGUCGUCUUUAGCAAUUCAGCAAAACUUUUACAACAGUGUACCAGGAUUGUUGGAAUCCCUGUCGCAACUGACAGAACUAAAGCAUUUAAUUAUGGGAAAUGUGCUCACAUUCAUUCUUCAUGGUUGUGAAGCGUUUACCUCGCUCCAAUCUUUGUGUAUUAGGGAUGCAUCAUUUGGCGGCGAAGGACUGCUUAGUUUCAUCGAAGAUCUUUUCAAGAUUGCUCCACAAUUGAGGUGUUUGGAAUUGGGGUCUGUCGUGAUAACAGAAAGCGUCGCUCAGUUCAUUUGCAACAAUUUUUCAAACCUUACUCGUUUGCAGCUGUCAUAUUCGGCAGAGGUAUCGCGCGAUUUUUUCUCCGGAAUCGACCGGUUACCGCGUCUUUGGUAUUUAGAAUUAAAAUUGUUUAAUAUAAACGGAUUAUCUAUCAGCGUCAAUCCUCAAAACAAAGUUCGCUACCUUACAAUGCACCUUCCUAUUCAAUACUGUCAACUUGAUCUUCUUCGGCUGCUGGAAUGUUUCCCUCAACUCGACCGAUUGAACUUGAUCAUCCAAGGCCAGUCUGUUGAUGAAUCUACUGUUGAUAAGUUAUGCAAAAUACUUCCGACAUGCGCAAUCAAAUUAUAUGCCUAUCCUUUGACCGACGCAGAGAAAAAAAGACGUUUUCAGAAGUGGGCCAGAAGUGAAAUGAUGCCGUGGGAGAAAGAAUGGAAAUUUUACUAUCGCAUUUAGCCGGACGGCACAACUCAGAGAAGAAACAGCAUUUGCUCAGAUAACCAGCAUCGGAAAACUGUGUUUAAGUGUUUAGAUAGUACGCACGUCUAGAACUGUAAUUUACAAAU